GCCACACAUUAAGAUAGGAGUUAUUGUUUGUCAGAGUCAGAAAAUUGAUCAAAAUCAAUAAUAAAGCAGGCUAAGACAGAAGCUCUGCACUCUUUGUUCUGUUUUUUCUUGUUAAUUUGUAUGUACCUUUGAAACCAAACAUCAAGUUUGGUUUUCCCAUAAUUGUUUCAACGAACCAAGCACCGAAUUUUCUCUCUUUCUCUCACUUUCACUGGGAUUUCUGUGUUCGGGGAUUGGAGAGAGCAACAUACUCUGAUGGCAACAGCUUCAGAAUCAAUGGUGGUAUCAAUGAGGAGUGAUACAUGGAAGGCACAUGUGGCCAUGACACUGGUGCAGCUAUUCUAUGGUAUCUACCAUGUUAUCACCAAAGUGGCACUUAAUGUUGGAAUCAACCAAUUAGUCUUCUGCUUCUACAGAGAUUUCCUUGCCCUCAUUAUUAUAACCCCUCUUGCUUAUUUUCGUGAAAGGCAUACAAGACCACCCAUUACUAAGAAGCUACUCAUGUCAUUCUUCUUUCUUGGAUUAACUGGGAUAUUUGGCAACCAGCUCUUGUUUCUUAUUGGUUUAAGUUAUACUAAUCCAACUUAUGCUGCUGCCAUACAGCCAGCGAUUCCAGUCUUUACAUUUCUGUUUACAGUAAUGAUGGGCAUAGAAACAGUGAACUUGCGCAGAUAUGAAGGUCUGGCAAAGAUUGGAGGAACUUUUAUCUGUGUUUUUGGUGCCAUAUUGAUGGUUUUGUAUCGUGGUCCAGCUGUGAUAGGAUACACAGAAAUGGACAAUGUUGUGCAAAUUGAAACAGGUGCCACAGGUCUGGCAGAGCCUUCUAGAUGGUUAAUCAAUGGUCUACAGGAUUUUGGAUUAGAGCAAUUUCAAAUUGGGGUUGUAUUCUUGAUAGGGAACUGCAUUUGCAUGGCUGCUUUUCUGGCCAUUCAGGCACCAGUAUUAAAACAAUAUCCUGCAAAUCUAUCUGUCACAGCAUUUUCAUUCUUCUUUGGAGUUGCAUUGAUGGUGAUUGUAUCAUUCUUCAUGGUUAAUGAGUCAAGCGACUGGAUUUUGACAAAAUCAGAAAUACUAGCUGUUGUAUAUGCUGGAACUGUUGCAUCUGCCCUUAACUAUGGACUCGUUACAUGGAGCAACAAGAUCUUGGGACCAGCUUUGGUUGCCCUUUAUAAUCCACUUCAACCUGCAUUUUCUGCCUCCUUCUCCCAAAUUUUCCUUGGAAGUCCAAUUUACUUGGGAAGCAUCAUAGGGGGAUCUUUUAUCAUUGCUGGUCUAUAUAUAGUAACUUGGGCAUCUUAUAGAGAAAGACAAGCAAGUACUGGAGUUGCUACUCAUGGCUCUUGGAUGUCUGAACCACUUAUUCCUGAAAAAGGUGGAAACCAAAAAGGUCACAUUUCUUCAGGAUCCUCCAGCGUAUCCUUAGACCCAAAGUCAUCAGAUUAAGAAAAUGAAUUAUAGAAUGCCAAUACGUUGUAAAAAUUGGUCUCAUGAUUCUUGAAUCUGUUAUUGCUAUCCCUUAAUUGGUAAAUCUGUGUUUGAUAAUGUUAAUGUGGAAUGUUGAGGACAAACUGUCAAUUUUAAAUGCAAUGUUAUAUCUGAAUUUUGAAAUAUGAUAUUAUUAUAUCCUCAAAAUUAU